UCGAACUCGAAGGCCGAGUCAUUGCGGAUGCACGAGUAAAAGUAUCCCCGCCUGAUCGCUCGCACGCUGAGAUAAAGUUGACAGGCUGUGUUGUUGUUCUGCGACCGAAGGGGGGAAAAAAAAAAAAAAAAGAAAUCCCUCCAAAAUAAUCCGUCGCUGUUGGAAAGAUUGCGAGCAGCGUUCACGUUUCGCUGCACACGGGCUGAGGAAGCAGACGCUUGAAAUGGACCCACGCGCAGGCUUUGUGGACUUAAACCUGCAGCGCUUUCAAAUGCUUCGUUCCGGGAUUUGUUCUUUCCUCCAUAAAUCAGCGUACAGAAGUUGGGCUCCGCGUGGUUAUUCUUGGAAGCCAGCUCCCUAUACCGAUGCCCCAGUGGCUGCCGCUUUAAUGUUGAUCACACCCCCGUUGAACACAGAACCAUGACCCGUCUGCUGUUGGUCCUCCUCAUCUUCUCUCCUGCCAUCCCUUUCACCGGAGCAUUACUGUUUGGUGACAUACCCAGGAUCUACGGUGAUGACGCCACAGGCUAUGGCCCCGUGUUUGAGGAGCAGCCCCAAGACGCAAUCUAUGCCGAGGAGGCCCCCGAAGCCAAGUUCUCCAUGAACUGCCGAGCACGGGCGAACCCACCUGCCACAUACAAGUGGAGGUUGAACAACUGGGAGAUCAAGCUGCUGGAGCAGCCAGACGAGCAUUACAGUCUGGUGGGCGGCAACCUGGUGGUCAGCAACCCCGACCGCAGCAAGCAUACAGGCAAAUAUGUGUGUGUGGCCCAGAAUGUAUACGGCAUCAUCAUCAGCAAGGAGGCCACCGUCAGGUUUGGAUACCUGAACCCCUUCCCCACGGAUGAGCGCGAGGGAGUGCAGGUGAAAGAAGGACAAGGGGCUGUCCUGCUCUGUGCUCCUCCGGAGCGUAGCUCAGAUGAUGUGUCUUUUCGCUGGAUCCUGAACGAGUUCCCGGUCUUCAUCCCGCUGGACAACCGUCGGUUCGUCUCCCAGACGACGGGUAACCUGUAUAUCGCCAGAGUGGAUGCCUCGGACAGCGGGAACUACUCGUGCUUCAUGUCGAGCCCUUCCAUCUCAAAAAGUGUCUUCAGCCAGUUCAUUCCUCUCAUCCCCUUGCCGGAACGUCCGGUGAAAAAGUAUCCGGCCGACAUAAGAGUCAAAUUUCCCAAAAUCUACGCCCUGGUUAAUCAGAACAUCACUCUAGAGUGCUUCGCCCUAGGAAACCCUAUCCCAGAGAUCCGGUGGAGGAAAGUAAAUGCCGAGUUACCUGCCAAUCACGAGGUGACCAUGGGAGGAGCCCUGCUGCACAUCUUCAACAUUCAGAUAGAGGACGAGGGCUACUACGAGUGUGAGGCCCUGAACUCCAAAGGGAAGGACUGGCACAAAGCCUAUGUCUAUGUGGAAGCUGCCCCCGAGUGGGCCGUACACAUCAACAACACGGAGAAGGACAUCGGCAGUGAACUGACCAUGACGUGCAUAGCCAACGGCAAGCCAGAGCCGUACAUCCGCUGGCUGAAAAACGGAUUCUCGCACGGCAAGGGAGAGCUGAAGUUCAGCAUGCUCACCUUCGAGGACUCCGGGAUGUACCAGUGCAUCGCGGAGAACCGUCACGGAAGCAUAUAUGCCAACGCUGAGCUGCGCGUGAUUGCCUGUGCUCCGAACUUCGAGAACAACCCCGUGAGGAAAAGGCUGCUGGGGGCUCAGAACGGACGCGUGGUCAUUGAGUGCAAACCCAAGGCAGCCCCCAAGCCUAAGAUCACCUGGAGCAAGGGGACAGAGGUCCUAUACAACUCAACACGGAUACGCGUCUGGGAUGAUGGGAGUCUCGAGAUCUUCAAUGCCACCAAGAUGGACGAGGGGAGGUACACGUGCUUCGCGGAGAAUGACAGGGGCAAGGCCAACAGUACUGGGACGCUCACCAUCACAGAGGCCACCAAGAUCACCGUAGCAUCAUCGAGCAGCGCGGUGCGCGUGGGGGAGCCCGUGCGCAUGCAGUGUGCCGCGUCCCAUGACCCCAUCCUGGACAUCGCCUUCAUCUGGGCCCUGGACACGCACAUCAUCGACUUUGACAGGGAGAGUGAGCACUACCAGCUUGUCAUGACGCGCGAGUCCAGCGGCGAGCUGCAGAUCAGCAACACGCAGCUGAAGCACGCGGGCCGCUACACGUGCACUGCCCAGACCAUCGUGGACAACGUCACCGUCUCCGCCGACCUCGUCGUCAAAGGGCCUCCCGGGCCCCCAGGGGCCGUACGUGUGGACAACAUCCGCGACAAGAUGGUUACCCUGGUGUGGAGCCGAGGCGCGGACAACCACAGCCCCAUCAUCAAGUACAUUAUCCAGAGCCGGGAUCAGUUCUCGUUGGACCGCGAGGAGUGGAAGGAUGCCAAUACGUCUCCACCGGUUGUCCAGGGCAAUGAGGAGAUGACCAAUGUGGUAGAUCUGUACCCCUGGGCGUAUUACGAGUUCCGCGUGAUAGCGAUCAAUGCGCUGGGCAUGGGAGAACCCAGCCUCCCCUCGAUCAAAAUCCGCACCUAUGACGCAGUUCCCACAGUGGCCCCCUCAGACAUUGGCGGGGGCAGUAGGGUCAAUGGCGAGCUGACAAUCACCUGGACGCCCGUGCAACCUCAGUACUACAACGGGUGGAAUUUCGGCUACGUCGUAGCCUUCAAGGCGCACGACAAGCACGACUGGACGAGAAUGACGGUGGCCGACCCAGAGGCCAGACGCUAUGUCUACAAGGACUCCUCCAUCCCGCCCAACACAGAGUUCCAAGUGAAGGUGAAGGCAUACAACAGCAAGGGUGAUGGGCCCUACAGCCUAACAGCGGUCAUUUACUCUGCCCAGGACGUUCCUUCAGAGGCCCCGACGGAUGUGGUGGCACGUCCUCUGUCCGCCACUGAGGCUAUGGUGUGGUGGCUUCCUGUCUUCCAGCAAAUCGUAGAGGGCUAUCAGGUGAAGUACUGGAGGAAGUACCGUGACAAUGAGGCAGCGGCCCAGCGGAUCCUCGUGCCCAAUACGGCAAACCAGACUCUACUGGAGAAUAUGCGGCCUGACUCGCACUACCUGGUCGAAGUGCGAGCCUACAACGCUGCGGGACUCGGACCUCCGAGCAUCCACAGCGAGAUGUUCACCAGGAAAGCACCUCCUAGCCGACCGCCCAGGAUUGUGAGCAAGACUCUGAGCUUCACCCGUAGAACCAUUAACAUAGCCUGGGAGCAUGUUUCACCCUUGGCCAAUGAGUCCUACAUCGAGGGCUACAAGGUGCUGUACCGGAAAGCAGGCCACCGAACAGGGGCUUUGUACACGACAGGGAAGCAUUACAUCGACCUCCCAGUCCCUAAGGAAGGAAACUACAUAGUGGAGGUCCGAGCCCACAGCGAGGGAGGCGAUGGGGCCAUAUCCCGUGUUUGGGUUGCAGCUGGGCGUGGAGCGGUGUCCACACAGCCCUUUGGCCUGGCUCUCCUACUCCUCAUCGCAUUCUCCUGCCUGCGUAUAUAGACGUAGAGUCGGCAUCACCCAUGCUGGCUCAGGUAACAUGGACUCUAUAAGAGUGACACCUUGUAUCUCUGUGCCCAACCCCCUCUCACUUUCACCUGAAGUCCAAUAUUCUGUCAUAGGGUGUGGGGGGAAAAAAAAACAGCAAUGCCAUCCAGGAAAUCCCCUAUGUAGUAUCAAUAUCAUAUAUCUGGAGGUGCAUCAAAGGAGAUUUUUUUUAACUUAACAAUGCCUUAUGUAAACACUGCUCUUGUACAGUUCCAUCACUCCAGUGGAUGGAGGUUCAUGUAACAAAUACACCUCGAUUAAUAUCAUGGAAAUAGUAUGCAAUGCCUAUAAUGCAUUGUAGUAAGUAAGCAGCAUUCCUCUAAAGCUAAUAUGUGUGAAUGAUGUGCAUAGGAGUGAAAAUGUCAUAGAAGUGCUAAUUUGGUUGAUGACUUUUCUCCUUUUACAGCAGAAUUCCCUUCCAGAGUCUCAAAACCAAUUCAUUCAGAAUUUGGGCAUAUAUGUAUAUAUAUGUAUAAAUAUAUGUUCUAUUUGCUUAGGGUAAUAAGCAUUUUAUAUGCAGUAAAUCACAUAAUAUUGCUUGCAGCAAAUGGCAUAAUAUUGCUUACAUUCCUAUUCCAAAUGCUGUUCAAAUGGUGGUAUGUUACAAAUAUAACUGGUGUUUAAAAAGUGUGAGGGUCACCAAGAGUUGUGCUUUUUUGACCCAAGUUUAGCUUCUCAAGCUGAGACGCUAGAAACUGAAAACGGCGAGUUUGUUUGAGUUUGUAAAGAUGCAAAAUGAGUUUGUAAACAAGCAAAAAGACCUAAAAGCACAAACGUAAAAUGAACAGAUCGGACAUAAAUUAACAACCCAGUUAAUAACCAAAAAAUGAUGAUUGUUUGAUUUGUGUAUGUAAUUUUGUUGCUAAGCAAACAUCCAGCCAACACAGAAUUGUCAAAAUGUUGGCACGACAUGUCUAUCACGUUGCUCUAACUGCGCGUUGAUGUUGCGAGAACAUCGAACGUUGUCUGGACACGGAAGCUGCACGUAGGCAGUGAUGUAACAACAAAAGAUGUGCAGAGCACACAGCAAACAGCUUUAUUUGAACUGUGUCACUGGGAAUUCACUGUUACCUUCUGGUGCUGUGUAAAGAAUUUUUUCUUCUCCUCCUAGUGAGUGCCAGCCCAUGUGUUUGUUGUGCUUCUGCGACCACUAGCUUUGAACGAUGUUCCAAUUCAGCCGCCCGGCUACUGCUGUAGGGAUAGUUUUUAUCAUGUCAUAGUACUGCUGCAAGCACAUCAGAAACAAACAUAAUGAAGCAAAAUUAAAUGUAAGGUGUCGGACUAGGAGCCUCUCGGCUACGAAAGUGUAUUUGCUAUUAUAGCUGUCUUUCUUUUUUGUACUAUAGAUCACAGUUGAGUUAAUAAUAUAUAUGGUCAGCAAUAUUAGUGCCACUGAAUGUUUUGUUUUUUUUUUAAACGUGUCAUUUUUUUACUUGCAAAUUGUUUGACAGUAGAAGUACAUAAAUAUUAUGUUUAAAAAGAGGCUGCAAUUUCAUUUUUCUGCAGGCACAAACAAUUGCUGGGCUAUUUGUGGGUAUCACAUCACCGCCACCACAAAGUGCUUUUACUGCAUUGAAUCACAAACAGAUAUUGCCAAAAUGCAUGAAUGCCUUUAAACUUUUUUUAAGCUUGGAUAUUCGGAGGAAAACGAUACAUUUAACUGCGCACGAUGCGGAAAUUGCGGGCGGAGCCAGUCACCUCGGAUGCUGGCAUCCUAGACCCGGUCUGCCACUGCGGUGUAACACAGCCACACAUCACAACGAUACCUAGUCAGCUCUGAAGUGUUGUAGACAAGCCAAAGUGAUGGGUCACCUG